AAGGACAGACUCUGAAACUGGAUUCUACGCGUAUCUACCUUCCUCUGGAUAUCUGAACGAACGUAUUUGGGAUUUCUGACACCAGUUAAAAUUCUUUGGUGUUGUGGCAUGCGACAGCCGAUCGAAUCCGAAAGUCCAAUGUAUUGGAAAAGUGAACAGAUGCUGGUAUGCAGCAAAGUGGAGAGUAAAGGAAAUAGGUUAAACUCUAUGGCCAAUGAAAAGUUCUUCGUCAUGUCUGAAGAUUGCGAAGCAGCAGCCACGGGGGCUUUUGGCAGAUGCACAAAAGACAUAGGAGAAACUGAACUGAGCACCACGGAGGAGGUGUUUGUAGAAGAUUCGUGUUCCCUGUCUUCCUCCUUGUCACCCUCCUCUUCACCGCAGGGUAUGGCUUCAGCCUCUCUCGUGGGAAAAACACUUUGUACCAGUUGUGGUCUGGAAAUAGUAGACAAAUACCUGCUCAAGGUAAAUGACUUGAGCUGGCAUGUGAGGUGUCUCUCGUGCAGCGUGUGUCAAACUCCGCUCGGAAGGCAUGCCAGCUGUUACAUCAAAGAGAAAGAAGUAUUCUGCAAACUGGAUUAUUUCAGAAGAUACGGGACACGGUGCGCCCGCUGUGGCAGGAAUAUCCACUCGACUGAUUGGGUCCGUCGGGCAAAGGGAAACGUGUACCACCUGGCCUGCUUCGCCUGCUUCUCCUGCAAGCGGCAGCUGUCCACGGGGGAGGAGUUUGCUCUGGUGGAGGAGAAGGUCCUGUGCAGAGUCCACUAUGACUGCAUGCUGGACAACCUUAAGCGUGCCGUGGAAAACGGAAAUGGUGUGAAUGUAGAGGGAGCAAUGCCGACCGAACAGGAAGUGAACCAGCCUAAACCAGCCAAGAGGGCUCGCACAAGUUUUACGGCCGAUCAGCUGCAGGUGAUGCAGGCCCAGUUUGCUCAGGACAAUAACCCAGACGCCCAGACCCUGCAGAAGCUAGCUGAGAGGACAGGCCUCAGCAGGAGGGUCAUACAGGUUUGGUUCCAGAACUGCAGGGCUCGCCACAAGAAGCACGUGAGCCCCAACCACGGGUCGUCGGCCGCCCCCGUGACGGCGCUGCAGCCCCCCCAGCUCUCCCCGCCCCUGAUGGAGGACAUGCAGUACACCGCCUACGGGCCGCCGGAUGGGCCAAUUCUCACAGCCCUGCACUCUUACAUGGAUGUGCACUCUCCAUCCUCCAUGGUGUUCCAGCCUUUACUUCCCCACUCCUUGACCCAGCUGCCAAUCAGCCACGCCUGAGCGACUGCGCAAACCUGCGCAGGCCUGUGCAGCUACAGCUGCAGCAUUCAGGUCAGAACCAUGAGGGAUCAUAACUCGGUGUCAG